CUGCUGGCGGCGGAAGGGUCCCGGAGCUGGUAGGUCAGACAAAGCGCAGGUCGGUAUCACACAAUCCUCAAUUCCGUAACUACAGUCAUAGAAGCAUCGUCCUCCCUACGCCAGCCCUAUAACCAGUCUCGCUGUAACCAUUUCCAUGCUAUCGAAUCGAUAGGCUCUAUCGUCGGCCUUGCUCUCGCACGACCACAUUAAGCUGUAACCGUUCCCCGCUUCCCGUCAUCGUCUGCCAAGAUAUACUACAACUCAGUCAACUAUCGCCUGACGCUCCGCUUUGUAUCAUCCUUCAAUAUUAUGCAAACUGAAUAUAUAUCAUAAUGUCGCCCUUCGUAAGGGCACUCCCUACCGCUCGUUGCUGUCUUUGCCAUCUCUCGCGCUGUGCCACACGACUGGUACCUACUACGACACGUUGCCUAUCCUCUUACAAUUCCCGAUUACGACAACAACACCGCUAUAUCUCAGGCUCCCCUAUAGCUUCACGACGCAACAACGACUUCAAUUCAGGCUUCAGUAGCAGCUAUGACCCAUCAGUCGAUGCGGGGCGUGGCCCCAUGUUCAACAAGACCAACUUUGGCGUACCACAGUUCUACCCACGCGAUCUCAAGAAAAGAGUAGACGACUACGUCGUUGGCCAGGACCGGGCCAAGAAGACAAUAUGCGCAACCAUCUUCAAUCACUACCAGAAUCUACGGCGAAGACACCAACAUGAGCACGAGGACCGGAACAGGCGGGAUAAGGUAAUGCGCCAGAGGUUUGCGAGAGACAGAGAACUGCAUCAGAAACGUCGUGAGAUGCACCCUGUCGAAGGUCAGCGUGUACAUGGUUCUAUCCCUGAGCGUUACGCUGCUGAUACUCUUAAAGAUGAGUUCCCGGGCCAUAAUGAGUCGGUCCGUGCGCUUCACGAUAACCACGAAUUCGAUGAUGACCCAAUGGACCAUCUCUAUGUUGCAGAGGAUAUAACAGUUCCCGAUCACGUCAAGAUAGACAAGAGUAACCUCCUUCUGGUCGGUCCCACGGGUGUUGGCAAGACUUACAUCCUAGAAACACUAAGCAAAAAGAUAAACGUACCCUUCUCUAUCUGUGACUGCAACUCCUUCACUCAGGCUGGAUACAUAGGACAGGACGUUGAGACCUGCAUCGAGCGGCUCCUUAUCGAAGCCAAUUAUGACAUCAAGGCAACAGAGCACGGUAUUGUUGUUCUAGAUGAAUUCGACAAGAUUGCAAGGCGCGAAACGACUACUGGUCGGGAUGUUGGGGGCGAGGGUGUUCAACAGGCGCUGCUGAAGCUCGUUGAGGGAACAAAAGUUACCAUCAAUGUCAAGGACAACCGCUCAUCCCGAUCUACGCCACCUAUCACGACGAACUAUAGCGCAUCUGGGCCAUCUUCCUCAACUCCUCAGGCAGCUCCUCCAGGUGGCAAGGUUGACCAGUAUACUAUUGACACUACUAACAUUCUCUUUGUGUUCUGCGGCGCCUUUGUCGGGCUAGACAAGGCUGUCCUGAAGAGAGUUGCAAGACCGACGAUGGGAUUCGGCGGAGAACUUAGGGGACGCUCCUCUAUGUCUGGCAACAAGCAAACUCUGCCGGCAGAAACAUAUACGCAUUUGCCUCACCACAACCCUCAAUCAGCUUCAUCGUUCACGCCGUUAGAUCUUACCACUCCUGCUGAUCUGCAAAGCUUCGGUUUCAUUCCCGAGUUGAUAGGGCGUCUGCACAAUAUCUGUGCUCUUAGUCCGCUUUCUAAAGAAGAUCUCUUACGUAUUCUGACUGAACCCAAAAACAGCCUUGUUGCUCAGUAUACCGCUCUUUUCGAGACGUACCCUUCGCGAUUAUUCUUCACAGAGAAAUCAUUAUAUGCUAUCGCGGAGCGAGCUGCUGCUUCAGAAACAGGCGCCCGAGGUCUCAAGAUGGAGAUGGAGCGUGUCCUAGCAGAGCCCAUGUUUGAUGCUCCGAUGCCUUAUGUACUCAUCACCGAAGGAUGCGUAAAGGGAACGGAGAAGGCAGGAUACUGGGGCAAGGACGGCCGGUUUGAGGUGGACAGAAGGAUGCAGGCAGAAGAGAUGAAUCCAGCCAAAGGGGAACCCGAGAACACAUUUGAAAAGUACCGAGAAGCAGGACAGAGCGGUGGCUAAGUUCAACAUCAUUGGAAACGAGGCGUAUUGGAGCAAUUACUAUUUUGAUUAACUGGAUUUAAUGUCGACAGAAUGGUUAGGCAAAGCUUCGGGUACGCUCCCACAGAGAUAGGCAAGCGAACAAAUUCAAUCAAACAAAUGACUCGACUCGGGUUUCGUUGUUGUAGUACAGUAUUUACACCAAGAGGACUUGAUAUCUCUGGAGCGACCUCGAAACCUCUGGUCAUAUCCAUACGUACCAGAGGCCCUUUUACACAUCAAUACGUCUCCGUAGAGUCACUCCAGCUUCUAGCACAAAGGAAACGAUGUUGUGUAUUGAAUUUAGUUGCCCUUGGGGGGAGACUGGACCAUACCCUUGCCAGCAUAACCAGGAGAGGUGAUACCGGUGAAAGGAUCGGAUUUUUGGUUCUGAAAGUCCUUGUUAGCCAGGUGACCGGAUGCGAUGUAGACAAGAUGGAACAUACCUUGAGGAACUCGUUGGUCUCCUCCUGGUACUCCUGGGUCAUGGUGUAAGGAGCGGGCUUGGCGACAACACGGACAGCACCGAAGAGAGCGACACUGGCGGCGAGACCAAUGAAGACACCCCAGGCGACGCGGGCACCGGUUCCAGGGGGGUCGACAGCGCGGGGACCGUGAGGACCGAAGGCAAUCCAGUAAGCUGUUGAGAGAGUUUGAGUUAGUUUUAUGGUUGUGACGCAGUUAUACAUGGUGAUGCAGGGAAUGGGCCGUUGAUGUAACGGGCAAAGCUAUAUCGAAGCCCCAUCUACCAAUCAGGAAGACGAAUUGGGUGCUUGGGUUCUACAUGAUGCAAUUGAGGCUCGUGGAGGGUCCAAUGCAAGACUGAAGCUGUGCAAUUGAGGUGUUGAGUGAAUCAUCAAUGACCGGCAAGGCUGAAGCAUGUGUUGUGAUGUGUUGUGGUGGUUGUGACCCAAUAUCUCGGCUACGCGGGCGGGAUGGAGGUAUUUUCGCAGUUGAGGAGAGUUUGUGACGCACCAGCUUUCUUCUCCUGGAGGGUCAGUUCGGUCCAGUUGGACUGCAUGCGAUCACGCAGAGCCAUCCAGAGCUCGGCCUGCUCUUGGAGAGGCAUGCCCUCCCAUCGCUUCUCGAUGUUGGCGAGGGUCGGGUUAGAGAUGGCGUGAGUCGAGGCAGCCCGUGAGGCCAGGGCGGGAGUGCUGCGCACCAGGCUCUUGCGCAGCAGGUUGGAGGCUGAUGUGCGCAGCAUCGUGAACGGUAUAUGUGAGGUAAUCGGCGAUGACGAGACGAGCGAGAGAGAAGCUCAAUUGGUGCGCUCGAGAGCGUGGAGUGCGAGUGCGAGUGCGAGUUCGAGAGAGGUUUCGUGGAGAAGAAGGCGAGUUAUUCGGGGAAUGUCAGAAUUAGCAAGACGGGAGCAAUCAUACGAUGGGUCCCUCUUGCCUCGGGCUCGGAUUGGUGCAUUUUU